GAGCGGGGCGAGAGGGAGGGGGCGGGCGGAGAGGCAGGCAGAGGGGAGUGAGCCGCAGGUCCAAUUCCCAACUACGAGCCCCGAGUUUGUAGAUGGGGCUGCUCGGCGGCGCCUGCGGCUGAAGGAGAGCAGCGGCGGCGGCGGCGCGGAGGCGGCCGAGGUGCAAGCCGCAGCGAUGCAGCAAGUGUUGGAUAACCUCACAGACCUGCCUUCAUCUACAGGAGCAGAAGAAAUAGACCUGAUUUUCCUCAAGGGGAUUAUGGAGAAUCCCAUUGUAAAAUCACUUGCUAAGGCUCAUGAGAGGCUAGAAGACUCAAAACUAGAAGCUGUCAGUGACAAUAACUUGGAAUUAGUCAAUGAAAUUCUUGAAGAUAUCACUCCUUUAAUAAAUGUAGAUGAAAAUGUGGCAGAACUGGUUGGUAUACUCAGAGAGCCUCACUUCCAGUCACUCUUAGAGGCCCAUGAUAUUGUGGCAUCAAAGUGUUAUGAUUCACUGCCAUCAAGCCCAGAAAUGAAUAAUUCUUCUAUCAAUAAUCAGUUGCUACCAGUAGAUGCCAUUCGUAUUCUUGGUAUCCACAAAAGAGCUGGGGAGCCAUUGAGUUGCAUCAAUAUGGAGAGGCAUCCAGCACACGCCUGUCAGGUAUUUGUGAAAUGUCAUUUUGAUUAUAAUCCAUACAAUGAUAACCUGAUACCCUGCAAAGAAGCAGGAUUGAAGUUUUCAAAAGGAGAAAUUCUUCAGAUUGUAAACAGAGAAGAUCCAAACUGGUGGCAGGCUAGCCAUGUAAAAGAGGGAGGAAGCGCUGGUCUCAUUCCAAGCCAGUUCCUGGAAGAGAAGAGAAAGGCAUUUGUUAGAAGAGACUGGGACAAUUCAGGACCUUUUUGUGGAACCAUAAGUAGCAAAAAAAAGAAAAAGAUGAUGUAUCUCACAACCAGAAAUGCAGAAUUUGAUCGUCAUGAAAUCCAGAUAUAUGAGGAAGUAGCCAAAAUGCCUCCCUUCCAGAGAAAGACAUUAGUAUUGAUAGGAGCUCAAGGUGUGGGACGGAGAAGCUUGAAAAACAGGUUCAUUGUGUUGAAUCCCACUAGAUUUGGAACUACAGUGCCAUUUACUUCACGGAAACCAAGGGAAGAUGAGAAAGAUGGCCAGGCAUAUAAAUUUGUGUCACGAUCUGAGAUGGAAGCAGAUAUUAAAGCUGGAAAGUAUUUGGAACAUGGGGAAUAUGAAGGAAAUCUUUAUGGAACCAAGAUUGAUUCUAUUCUUGAAGUUGUCCAAACUGGACGAACUUGUAUUUUGGAUGUCAACCCUCAAGCUCUGAAAGUACUAAGAACAUCUGAGUUCAUGCCCUACGUUGUGUUUAUUGCUGCUCCAGAACUGGACACGUUACGUGCCAUGCACAAGGCUGUGGUGGAUGCUGGUAUCACUACCAAGCUUUUGACGGACUCUGACUUGAAGAAAACAGUGGAUGAAAGUGCACGGAUUCAAAGAGCUUACAACCACUAUUUUGAUUUGAUCAUCAUAAACGACAAUCUAGACAAAGCCUUUGAGAAACUACAAACUGCCAUAGAGAAACUGAGAAUGGAGCCACAGUGGGUCCCAAUCAGCUGGGUUUACUGAUGAUUCAAUAAGAUUCAUAAUUCAAAUAAAACUUUAAAAAGUGACUGUAACAAACCUUCUACUGAGAGAAUACAUGCACAGAUAGAUGAUAUCUGCCAAGUUCAGGCAUUUUUAUUGUGUAGAUUGAAAUACCAGUACACUAUUCUGAAUUUUUAUAUAAAAUGUGGUUGGGAAGGUGUACUAAUAUAUAAUUUAUCUUAAUUUUUCUAACUUUUUAUGGAUAAUCUUUCUAUUCAUAUUGCAUAAAAAAUGCGUUGAAGCAUUUUAUACAUGUUUUGAUUUAGUACCCUUGCCUUUUUCGUCAGAGGAGUUUUCAAAUCAUUCUUCACUCUAACAUUGGGCUCACAUUCUCACUGUGAUAAUGAAUACUUGAAAUAGUUUUGUAAAGCUGUCAUUUAGUGCAGUAUUUAACUAGUGAAAGGUCAGUUACUCUUAUUCAGAGAAAAUAGUUAAUGGCCUUCUUUCCCAAUAUAAUUUCUUACAGAAGCAGAACUUUAAUGUCAGUGGUAUAGCUAGCUAGUCUAGGAAACCUGACAUCAGAAGUCUGCUCAGUGCUACAUGGUUUCGUUAUUUCAGAGAUGGAUGGCUAUCCUUUCUAAUUUAAACAGAUACAUUGUUUUCUUUUCCCUUUAUUUCUGUCUUUAGGGAAAAAAUGAAGAGCAAUACCUUGCACUCUCAUUUGUUGUAAUGACAUCUGUUGUUACCAAGUUAACAUGUAUACAGCAAGCAAGGGCCAUGCAGGUUGGGAGAGUGCCUUAUUCUGAAAAGCCUUGGAGCAGAAUGACACUUACAGUUGAUUUACUUUCACGUGUAAAAAUUGAACUGACAAAAAUGGACCUACUGUUUUAGGUAGUUUUUUAUUAGGGUAUGGGCAAUGGAUGUAUCAUGCCUCUGCAAAUUUCUGUGAUGCUUAAAAAUGCCUCUGAGUUUGCAAUUUGGGGUUUUUGUGAACAAUUAGUGUGCUUUUUAAAUUGUGAUGUGAUCAUUAGGGUUAUUUGUUCAACUUGUGUUGAGAAACAAAUCCAUUUAACAAUUUAUGACAUUUGGAAAUGUCAGCUAUUUUAUCUAUACAUAAUAUAUACAUUAUAUAAUAUGUUCAGUGUGUGUAUUAUAUAAUAUAUAUUAAAUAAUGUUUUAUAUUCUUUUUAUAUUUCUGUUAGGAAAUGAACUUUUUGCUUAAUGAUUAGAAAAACAGUUCUCCUUCAGACUCAUUAACAUAUGCAAAUUUCCAAAAUUCACCACAGUUAGUAUCUUCCUUUAGAAUUCUUGGAUGGUGUAAAUUCUUCCUAAAACAUGUUCAGAGACGCAGCUCAUCAUUAAACGAAGUCAGCCAUACUUUAUAUUGCUGCUAGCUUUUCACAUAGCCAGUAUUCACACUUACAGGGUUUGGUGCUUAAAAUAUUGAUGGUCAUCUUUGUCAGUGGUAGGCACCAGACACCUGGCUGUUGAAUUUGGUUUUUCUUCACCAAAGUAGUCCCAUGGGAUGCCAGCCAGCGGAGGACUUAAGAGUUUAGAGAAAAUACACUGUAGUAAACAAUAUGCACGCAUUGUUUUAAAUCUUUUUCACGAUGAAACAUAACACCCAAGUUGCUAUAUUAUUAAAAUUGGAAAUCUAUAGGUGUUUUUUCAUUCCAGAAUUUCAUAUCCAGAACACAAAUUGAUGUUCUUUAUUCUAGGGUAGGAAAUUGGUGACAAAAUGGAUUAUACUCUUUAGUAACCUUGGUAGCUUUUAAACUACAUAUAUUUACGUCAAAUUCUUGGCUUCUCAAAGCAACAUGAAUCAAAGCACAGUGUCUAGACAACGUCUUAUGGCAGUGUUUCAGCACACUGUAAAUUUUAAGAGAAAUUUCAUUUCCACAUUCUCAGGAAAUGUGUCGUCUUCUGCAGUGUGCCUUCAUGCUGCUGUGCGGAGCCUCUGAACAGCUGUGGGAUCAUUGUAGCAGCACAAGAAGUUUAUCCAAAAAGUGUUCUGACCAUCUUGACACAAUAGGGAUGAUUUUUACAUCAGAUAUAUUUUGGCCUUAUCAUAUGGUAUAAGUGCACAAAUAGCCUACACUUUAAGGAAUUAUUAUACAUGAUAUUCAUGACUAACUACUUAGUUAAUACACACCAGAUUCCUAAUAUAAAAUGAAAUGAUGCAGUGUAGUUCUUCAUUUUAUUCUAGAUGCCACAGCUGAAGAGAAUUCAGAAAAGUUCUUUGUAUCUCAAUACAAAGUCAUUGAACUUGAAGCUUAAGUCUUAUCUGAGUCUGCAGGAACUAGCAGAGCCCUGCUGGGGCAAGGAGUCCCAGAGCCCCACGAUUCUCCCAAGGCCAUAAGAGUGUAGUUGUGAUCAAGGAAAUAUAAACUUUUCUUGUGGGAAAACUCUAAGAAAAUUAGCUUUACCAAAGAGAAAAUGGUUUAAAGUCACAUUGAAGAAUUGGUAACAGUUAAAAUACACAUGCAUGCUCAUACAUAUGCUUUUGGGAAAUAUGUGCCAAUACCUUAGUGAACCUGAGGAUUCCUUGUGGACAGGUGAGUAUCCACAUUCAGCAUUCAGGGCAUGACUAUACACAACUAUUAUAUAUAUCUUCUUGUUUUCAUUUUCAAAUGUACAAAUGCCCAUAGAGUUAAUGUCCCUGAAUAAGUCACUUAACUAUAAUUAGUAGAAUAUAGGUAAUGCACUACAAGUAGAAUUUCACUUUUAUUACAGCCAUGCCUUAUUAUGCAGUCUCAAUUUCUGCUUGAUAUUGGAUAAUAGCAAAUAUCCAAUACAUCAGGUCUUUGUUUACUUUUGCUAGUUCUAACUAUGUAAUUACUGAACAUAGCUUUCUAAAAUAGAACUCAUACCAUAAACCCUGUAUGACUACAGCAAUAGUGGCCUGAACCCUAGCUUUUAGAAUCUAAUAAGUUAAUUUAAAAUAGCUAUGAGGACAAGUUUUCUUUAAAAGAGCAAAUUAGUUAUUAACACAUUCAGAAAAUGCCAAUUAGCAAUAAAAUACAAUAGCAUAGCACUAUAGAUUAUGGCCAGAUACUGCUUUGACCAUAAUAUCCCAAUGACAAUAAAAGAUGAUCUUUGCUUUAAAAAUUCAUUAAAUUGGUACUUAUUUUUAUGUAAAACAAGUGUCAUAAUCCAGUGAUUGGGGUUGAUUUUUGAGAUGGAUAGCCAUGGAGUUAGAAGUAUUUUGAAUUGAUAAGUACUGAACAUAAAAGUUUUGAAAAUUGUUCAAAAUAAGGAUGAAGUUAACAUUGUACUUUUAUGACUUCUGAAACACUUCAUUUUCCAGAAGUCACAGACAGGCUGGAGAGCCAGUAAUUUUGUAGUAAUGAAGCUUUGUAGUAAAUAUGAAAAAAGAAGCCCUGAAGUUUUAUGUAUGUAAAUAGCAGAUCAUUUUUUAAAUGUUUGAGUCACUGUAUAUAUAUAAUAUAUAUACAACUAUAUGUAUAAUAUGUAAAAUUCUCCCAAAAUAAUAAAAAACUAAAUAUGUUCACCCAUGUAA